AACGCAAAUUUUCCAUCACAUUGUAUAGGCGCAGUUUUGAAAGUUACUUGUGAAAUAAACGGAGAAUAUUUAAAAGUGUCACUAUGUGGUUUCGAUUUGCCAUGUUUACGAUUUUAUUUCUAAUAUUCGCCGUGAAUUGUGCACAACAAACAGAUGAUCAUGAUGAUACGUCAAUCAAAGCACACGUCAAUAAAUAUCCACAGAAGCAAAAAAAUGAAGAAUAUUUUCCGAGACUACGCCGCAAUGCAAGGGAAGACUUUCUUGUAGUAUCAAAUAAAGGAUCCAAUUAUGGCAAUAGGGGAUACCCAAAUAGAGACUCAGGAUCCACCGUAAUAAUCCUACCAGAACAUAAUUACGACACCAAAUACACGGAAACUACUUAUCGCCACGGGUGAUGUGAAACAACUAACUUAUUCUUACAUCUUUCAUCUGAUUUGAUUGUUUAUUUUUCUUAAUUUCCACUAUAGUAAACAUGUUAAGGUUUUGUGCAUAACAAAUAAACAAAUAUAUUAAU